AUGACCUCACAAUCUAGUCGUUCCGCCGGUGGACAACGAAACAUUUGGGAGCAUAGAUUGGGUAUCCAUGCACCGGAACAGAUUUCAGAACAGCAAAAAUAUUGGGACUAUCGAAAUGUUUACCAUCCACCCGUUCCGAAAGGAAUCGAAUUGUCCGAUAGCGAAGAUAAGGAGCGAUGGGAGACGAUCAAUCUCGGCGGUUUAGGCGAGAAUGGAGCUAAUCGACAAGUGGAAAGAACAAGAGCACAACAAUUCGUUAGAGCAAGAGAGCGGGAAAACAGACAAAAUUCGCAAGAGAAAAAUGCAGUAUUCCUUAUAUCGGUGAUCUGUUUUGGAAUGCAGAUAAUUCUUGCAAUAAUUUGUAUUGGCCUUUGCAUACAUCGGAUUUUCUAUCAUGCUCAGAUUCAAGCUGGUAUUGCUUUUCUUAUCUUGGCAAUAAUACCAUUGAUUGGUGCUGCUGGUGGUAUAUUUGCAGCCUUAAUGGGAAGCAAAACUAUCGCACUGGGUACAGCAAUUUAUAAUGUGGCAUCGGCUGUUGGAGUAAUUGUAGCAGCGAUUAAUCUGUAUUCGUUCAGAGCCUAUCAACCGUAUCCUGUCACGGCUUUCAUUCCAUUAGCAGCUGCUGUUGGGACUGUUCAGGCUAAUUUUUAA